UUUUAAUGUGCAAAAACAUUGGAGAAAAUGAAAGAUUUGGGGGAGUUCUUGCUCUGCUCUUGUGUUUGUUUUGUGUCGUUUGACUUUUGAUGAUUUUUGCGUGUUGUUUAUAGUCAAGACUCAAGUGAACGUUCCCUAUACCUUCUCGUACUAGGGCCCACUCCCACUCCAAACUAUAUAAAGUCCACACAACAAUAGUUUUUGGUUACUUACACUCCAUCAUCAUCAUCAUCAUCAUCAUCAAAAAUUUAGAUUCAAUUUCAGAAAAACAAAAUAGAAAUAUUCAUUUCAGAUUCAGUUUUUUUUGAUGACCCACAAAAGGCAUUCUCCUCAACAGGCUCGUAGUAGUAGUAGUAGUAGUGAUGGUUUUCCUAUCCCAAUUCGAGAUUCCAAGAAAAAACCCAUUUUCAAAAGUGUUGUUGGAAAUUUAACUAGAGGAUUUUCUCUUAAUGAGGCCCAAUGGGAGCCUUUUCUCCGAAGAGUGAUUCGAGACCAGGUUGAAAGUACAAUAUGUUCUGUCCUCAAUUUAAGGCCCUCAGAUUAUCAGGAAAAUUCACCUGAAGGAGGCGGUUUGCGGUUGCAAUUUGUAACCGAAUUACCUAACACCAUCUUCACUAACAGCAAGAUCCAAACCGAGCAAGAAACACCUGUUCAAAUCAUCCUAACUGAUGCUAACAACAACAUAGUCAAUUCAGGACCAUAUUCAUCCUUGAAAGUUGAGGUAGUACCACUCAAUGGCGAAUUUGGUUCGGAUGAUCAGGAGGAAUGGACUGAGAAAGAGUUCAAUGACAAGGUUGUGCGCGAAAGAGAAGGUAAAAGGCCACUCGUGACUGGCGAGUUGAAUUUUAACUUGAGAAAUGGGGUUGCCAAUGUUGGUAAUGUAUCCUUUACUGAUAACUCUAGCUGGAUCAGAAGUAGAAAAUUCAGGCUGGGAGUUAGAGCAUUGCAGAAAGUUUGUGGCGAAAUAAGAAUCAGAGAAGCCAGAAGUGGCGCGUUUAAGGUCAAGGAUCAUCGCGGGGAGUCAUAUAGGAAGCAUCACCCUCCACACCUACACGACGAAGUAUGGCGUUUGGAAAAGAUAGCAAAAGAUGGGGUGUUCCAUAAGAAGUUGGCCGCCUCUAGAAUUGAAACGGUGAAGGACUUUUUGCAGCUGUACACGAAAAACCGUUCGGGGUUAAAAAAGAUACUACCUGGGAUCUCGAACAAGGUUUGGAACGCGAUUGUAGAACACGCUUUCAAUUAUGUAAAUGAUAACAAAUUCUAUGCAUACCAUAGAGCUGAACAUGAUGUUAGCAUCUACUUCAAUUCUGUCCUUAAGUUUGAAGGAGCUACAUUUUGUGGCCGCUUUUUCUCUCCCGAAGAACUCAAUCCAUCUCAGAGGGUUCUGGUUGAAAAUCUGAAGCAACAGGUAUACAAAAAUGAAAUUGAACUGGUCUCGAUCGAUGAUCUUUCUAUUGCUGAUGUUCCAAGACCGCUGCCAAGUCUACAAGCUGCACAAUACAAUGACUUCUCAAUUACACAAGAAGUGACUCAGCCGAUGAUUGAACUCGGUCUCAGCCAAUCGUCAACUCUACCAUCAUACCCUUGUGAAGCAGCAGAAGUUAGCCAUCAGUUAGAACUUUCUUCUGCACCACAGAAUAAUAACCAUUCAUUUCAAGUGUUUUCUCAAAAUCAUAGGAACAGUUUCUCUAUGGAAGAUUUUUUAUCUCCACAGUACAAUGUAGGAUCCAAUUGGUCUUCUAAUGGUUUGCAAGAGCCAGUUGUCCUUAGCAGCCAUUUCGUUACAGAGAACAUGUUUCAUCAGCUCCAAUCUCCCACAUGGGAACAAGGGCCUAACUUUAUUAGCUUCACUCCAAAUACCGAAGCAGAACAAGACCUUUCCCCUCAAAUUCCUGAUUUUUUCCAUACCUCGAAGGAUAGAAAACGCAAGGCAAGCUGGUGUAAGCUUCGCGCUGCCUUCAAGUGUUGGUUAUCGGUUAAACUGGCCGCCCGAAAAGUGGCACGGCCAAUGUAUUUAAGCUACUAGGCAAUUCAAGCUAGUGUAAGAUUUCCACUCUCUUCAAGUGUUCGCUAUCGGUUAAGCUGGCCGCCAAAACAAUGGCAGGGCUGCUGUAUUUAGGUUACGAAACGAUGCAAGUCGGUUUAAGGUUGUUACUCUCUUCAAGUGUUGGGUAUCAGUUAGAGUAGGCAGUUGUAUCAGAUAAGUGUAGGUGGUUUAAGUAAGUACCAUCAAGUUAAAAUGGUACUCUUUUAUAUGUUUAUAUUAUAGGAUAGUUUUUUCACUAAUCUAGUUUCUUAAUCACUUUUCUGUUGUUAUGUUGUCCUCCAAAAAUGAAGGGAGUUUUUCAUGUACAUUGCUCAUUAUGUCAUGGUUUUUUUGAGUCCAAUGUGAUGAUGUAAAUACUUGUUUACAUGAUAAUAUGAGAAAGGUUCUGGUUUUUGUUCAUUAAAAA